CACGAGGACGCAGGACGACUUAGCUCUCGUUGCCGUCUUUCACUUAGCAGGUGUGCCAGACGCGACCCGGUCUAUUCUUCCAGUGUGCUCGCUGGCCCUCCAGUCUGAUGAUCAUGAAGAUGACGGAACAUCAGGAUCACAGCUUCCCCAGUGGUUCACCUCUAGAGGAUGACAGCUCCUCUUUAGGGAGUGAGCUGCAGUGGCUCUUGUCUGAGUUGCGGUUAGACCGGUACCAUGCACCUGCCUUGACAUGGUGCACCACUAUGGGCGCCGGCUUCUUGCACGAAGCGGUGUGCGAAGAAUUGGCUGACCAUCUGCAAAUGAAGCCUCUGGAAAGGCGACGCUUUCUCCAAGCAGGGAAAGAGUUGGCUGCGGUUGCGAUAAAGGAUGAAGAGGAGAUGCGAAUGCAGCAAAGUAUUAAUAGCGUAGGAAAAGGUGCGAGUCCGAGUGCUUCUAGACCAUCUUCCAAGGAGAUACUACAUCAAGAAAUGUCUUCGUCUUCGAAGAAAACCAGUACGAAGAAUCACGAAUUUCAGGCUCCGAAUAGUCUUAUCUCCUCGGGUAUUCCAACUUCUUCGAACAUGUCCUCUAGCUCAGCUUCAGGGAGAAGCCAUGCGAAUUUCGGCAGCAGCGGAGUCGGCGCCGUGUCCAUCGUAGACGACCACGCAGAUGGAGAGAUGGACGAACUAGAUCUGUUGCUUUUCGGGCCAGGAGGCCGCCCUCGUGGUGCCGAUGCACAGCACACUGUAUCGUGUUCGACAGGGGAGACUAAGGAGCAUAUUGACGCACAAGAGCACAGACCACAUGGUUCUGAAGGAGGAAGUGAAGCAGCUACUGCGUUAGGAUUUGGAGACUCUUCGGAUCGUGCACUAGCACAGAGGCUGUGCCAGCUGUCGCUGGAGAAUCCGUCGCAAGCGCAACAGGGUCAUCAUGAAGACGAGGAAAUGACCUCGAUGGUUCGAAAGAGGGAAGACGUUGAGGCGCAAGUCAAUGCUUGGCUCUUUCGAGAGGAGCAUGAAGACGGCUCAUCUUCUUCUGAAGAUGACCACAGAUAUCACGACGGUCAUCGAGAGCAACAUGGUCAACGUCAACUACGUCGUCAUGAAAGAGACAAAGAAAUAGGACAGGAACAACACCAAGUGGAUGAGGACUUUUUGAGCGAGGAGCGCAACGAUGUCUUGCGGCAUGAACCUGAGAGGAGUAAUCCACCUGUGUUUCCUACGACAAAGCGGAGGCCAGUUGCCAGGCCAAGAACCAAAUGGGCUAAGCCUGGCUGGUCGUCGAAGUCUCAUAGAGGACCACCGCCUUCAAUUUCCGCUUUGGCGGGAGCAUACCGUGGUGCUUCUAGAAGUACUUCUUCUACAAGCGGAUUCGGUCAUUAUCCGAUGGUGGAGCAGCAAGAGCGACAGAGCAACGCAGCACGCCGUUUCGUUCAGAGUUUGGAGAAGGAGAUGGAAAGCGAAGCAUCCGAGUCGGGCAUGACUUCCUUUAAAAGGCGGGGAAGCGAGGAGGUUGGCAAACACGGAUCGCGGAGACCUUCUUCUACCUUGCCUCAUGAAAAUGCUGAUAUUACGACUAGUAGUAGCAGUCCUAGCCCUGGCAGAAGACGAGUGCAGGUGCCCAUAGAACAGCAGCCCUCUCCAGAACCUCCGAUUUGCGGUUGGUGUCGGCGGUCCAUCCUAGAUCCCGUUACGGGAAAAGCUGAACGCGGGGUGACGUUUUGGACCUCGCCUGAUUCUCCAGACGCCUUCUGCGCCUCCUGUUGGGGUGGCGGAGACAGCCCUGCCGCACGCUCGAAACGCAGUCGCACGUCUUCCUCCAGGCAGUCGUUGAGCAGACACGACAGCGCUGCGGAACUCGGGAACGGGAAUGAUCUCACACGUCCCGAUGUUGAUGCUGUAAUUGGAGGUCGUAACCUAGAAUCGGUAGUCCGUGCGUCAGAAGUAGCAAACACGUUUACGAAGCAGCAUCUACCUCCUCAUCCAGAACACGGGCCAGUAUCUGUAUCUUCUGAAGCUGGUCACGAGGAGCUUCCAGCAACGUCUCAAGCGCAGGAAUCAGAUCGUGGCCCUGAAGACAUGCCUAUGGAUUUUCGGGAGAUUCGCGAGAUCCAGGAUGGUGUGCGCCGGAUUAUAUCAAGGUAUCAGCCUGAAUUAGCCGACAAACUCACAGAUCUUGCUCUCAACAGCUUCACGAGUCUAGAUGAGCUACGCCACUGUGUUGAAAACGACGCGCAACGUCUACUUGAUGCACUUCUGACCCUCUACCACGCUGAGCAUAACAAAAGCACAGGAGAGGAAGAAGAGAGUGGCAUGGAGGAUGGCUGGUAGGGACUGCCACCCAUUUAGAAGUCCUUGAUGAUGUAAACGAGAAGGACGAGGACCAAAAGAAACAUGCGCUCUGGGUUUGUUCUUUGGAUCUUUGACAAGAUCAACUGCGCCACAGUUGAGAUCUUUUGCACUAAGAACAACGCCUGCUCAGUAUAUCAAUCUGAAUUUUGUUCCCCUUUCCCAACCUUUUCCUGUUACUGUUUAUAGACGACACUUUUUUCUAUUUCUCAUUAUGCAUGGUCGGGUUGUAGUUGUACUUACCUCCGUAGUUCUAUAACAUGAUGAUAGCAAAAGAAAAGGUUCACCGGAUCCUCGAAAGAUUGUUGUGUGUUCUUCAGUAAUGGUCCG